AUGGUACUCGUGGUAGGGCGACCACAGUGCGUCGUGGCCAGUGCGGGCGUCGGCAUCGUCGUCGGUUGUGCACGCGAUCGGACGAGCAAGGAGAUGGUGUCCCCGGAUCGUUCAGAGGAAAGUGACUUGGUUGCUAAAGCUGCUGCCGCUGCUGUUGCCGCUGUCAGUGCCGCGUCCGCGUACAACCUCCUCGACGUCGACGUCGUGGUAGCCGCUGCCCUAGCUUUCGCCACUGCCGCCGUAGCCGUCACCAUCACCGUCACCGCCACCGCCACUGCUGCUGCUGCCGCUGCCGUUACUAUCGCUGCCGUCACCACCGCUACCGUCAACGUCAACGCUGCCGUGACUCUCACCCCCAGUCCCGCCACUGCCAAUACUGCCGUUUUCAACGCUACGAGUACUAUUGCUCUUGCUGCCAACCAGGCUUCCAGCGCGACUCGUCAGACAGUCUAA